AACGCUACCCGCAGUAUUAAAUAAUUCAAUAUAUUCUCUUGUCAUUUUUCCUCCGACUACAAAUUCAUAAUAAUACCCGUUAUGAAAAAAGGUUGAAAAACUGGAGAAUCCCUUGAAAAAUGAAGCAUCGGUAAAUAAGAGAGGGGGAAGAUUAUAUAGUUUCGCAUAACCAAAUUAACGAUAAAUGAGUGAAGAAAGAGGUUGUAUCGCGGCGUCGUUUGAAUUGGUCAACAGCAUAUUCGAUAUACGCAAAGAUAUAAGUAACGAUGUCAAGUAAUAAAAGAAAAAUGUUGCGAAACAUUUUGUAUGAGUUUGAAGGAAUUCAAAAUAUGGUACAAAAAUCUUAGUUCCAUCUGAUGUUUUUCAUUGCACAACAAAGUCGGAACAAAGUUGAGGACAGAUGCAAUGAGAUGACUUUGAGUGAAAAUUUAAAUGGCAGCGUCGCGGGCGUCGUCGCACGGGCUCAGAAACGAUCAAUUAUAGGAUGCUGAUCCUGUUGAUUGAGCAUAAAUCACAGCACUAUAUUUUUUCAUGUAAAAUAUACCGAGGUAAAUUUCAACGCUUCCAUCGCCCUGCGCGUUGAUAGGAACAGUGGGGGAAAACUCUGCCAAGAAGAGGAGACGCGGUAAAAGAGCAGCAACUGGAGCGAUGAGCCGGAGUCUUUUCACGGAAGAGACACUCGCCGAUCGACUGUCAACGGUCCAGACGAUCGAUAACUCAACGAUACCGAUAACAAUAUUUACGAGACGCGUGUACUGUAACAAAGUUUCUUCUUCGACGUUCGUAUUCCUCCUGACGAAGAUUUUAUCGGACUCAAAGGAUUCAAUGAUGGGGCGUACGUGUGUACUCGUUAUUCUUGCAGUAUGCGUUUUUUGGACCUUCGGAGAGACACUGUCGUGCGAUCAGUGCGGUCGUGAAUGUAUGCCGAGCUGCGGGACACGCCAGUUUCGCGCUUGCUGCUACAACAAUAUGAAGAAGAGAAAUCAGGAUUCGGGAUUCAAGCUGUGGCUCCUACCGGUCAAAGAAUCCGAACAGCUUCAACUAAACUACAACCCUUAGCUUCCUUCUGGCUAAUCCGCCGACGACUCGUCCGCUCUGCAAAAUUCAACAAGAUCUGUACUCGCAUUAAAGUAAAUCAGUCAAAUUCA